GGGGGACAAUCGUCCCGAUCCAUCGCAGGAUCGACGACCUCCCGGAGGCCCCGGCGUCCAGGCAUCCAUGUCAUCAGCCAUGUCGCGCUCCAUCCUCGCACUUGCUGCUUAUCCUAGUACAUAAUCCAUCACCCAUCAUACAUACAGUACAUAGAUCGUCAUGGCAGGGUCACCAGUGAAGCGCAGCUUUGCAGGAGCCACUCUAGACUACAUUGGAGCCCGCUACGUCGGCGCCGGCCCAGAAACGUGCAGUUACACCACCCAAGCCAUUCAAAUUCCCCUACGAGACGGUGUCGAAUUGGCUGCCGACCUCUACGAACCAGAACUACCUGACGGCAAAGCACCUACCGGUCUCAUCCUGAUCCAGUGCUGCUAUGGUCGCGGCGCAGGCAUCUCCUUCCUCUACGCCCGUGUCUUCGCCGCCCGAGGCUUCCAAGCUCUCUUCGUAAGCACGAGAGGAACCCAUGGCUCCGGUGGGACAUUCGAUCCCGGCAAUCAUGAACAGUCCGAUAGUCAAGACAUCGUGGCGUGGAUGCGCCAGCAGCCCUGGUAUCACGGCUCCUUUGCAACGCUGGGCCCGUCUUAUCUUGGCUACAGCCAGUGGGCGCUUUUGCAUGAUCCGCCACCCGACUGUGUCGCUGCGGUUAUCGCCGUUGGGCCUCAUGAUCAAGGGUGGCAUGCGUGGGGCACGGGCUCGGGUAUCCAUUCGACCCCCGAUAUACUAGACUUCCUCUCCGAACAUCUCGCCAAAAAUGGAAAAUACAAGAACCCGCCAGCCCGCAUCUUUGUCACCGGCUCCGAAGAAUGGCGCUCCAUGCCAACUUGGCCUCCAUCGACUCAACCAAAGACUUUAUAUCUACAAGAAGGCAACUGUCUCGGAUCCAAGAAGCCUGUGCAAGACGUCAGUCCAGGAACUUUCACCUUCGAUCCCUUGGAACCUACUCCCAGUAUCGGCGGCAAUCAAAUGUCUGCCGGGGGACGGGUAGACGACAGCGCCUAUGCAGACCGAUCAGACGUGCUAGCCUUCACGAGUGAGCCUCUUUCCGAAGACCUCGAGAUUCUAGGUAUUCCAUCUGUGCACCUGAUCCAUGCCAGUGAUUCGCCCUUCGUAGACCUGUUCCUGCGAAUCAGUGAGGUCGAUGACCGUGGCGUAUCCCAUAAUAUCACAGAGCUGUAUCAGGCACUUGAUCCCUCUCGCGACACGUCUCAGCCUCUCGUUUUGGACUUGCAAGACUGUGCCCAUCGAUUCCGCGUGGGGACGAGGGUGAGGCUCAUUAUUGCGGGCGGGUCUUUUCCAAUGUAUGCGAGAAGCCUGGGGACUGGGGAGGAUCGUCUGCGGAGCGAUACGACGGUCCCUCAGAAGCACACUGUUACUAUUUCUGGCGGGGUCUCGCAGCUUAUUUUGCCGGUUAAUGCUGCUGUCUAACUACUGUUGGUUACCUGGCGAUUUCUGAACAAUUUGUUGUGUAUACGUUUACACCAUGUGCAUACUUAUCAUGAGAACGAUAUGAUGCGAGUCCCGAUAGCUAUUACCUGGACCACGAUCGAUGCAGUGAGAAUAUGUUAAUAAUAAUCUGAAUUCAUACAAGAGAGUUGUAGAUUUGGGACAUGCUUAUAUUCGUACAAGGCGGCUACCUAAGUGCAAGUAAAGAAAACGUGGGAUGCGGAAACCAGUUCACGAUCACCAAGAAUGUAAUUUAGUCCUUCCAGUCGUGCCAGAAUUCAUAGCUCAUCACCGUGUGGUCACAAUACAGUAGCAUCAAUCUGUAGUGGCGGGACGGAUGCCAGCCGUCCCAGCGUUCCGGCGGAUGGUAAGCGCGUGAGGCAUGGGCGUGAAGUUCUGGGAGGGUAUAAUUAUUUUUGUCAUUGGUUGUUUCUGUUGUAUUGGAUUGUGUCUCUGGCGCUUCGUCUGAUUCGGAAUCAGAGCCAGACGGCGAGUGAGAAUCCUCAUCGCCGUUGUCAGACUGAGAGUCAUGUGUAGCACGAGAAGAUUCUGGCCGAGCGGACGGUUUGGAUGGAGAAGGGUCGGAUGUUGUAGAUGAGGGCGAAGAAGGACUGUCGUCUUCUUCAGGAUUGAGGAUGCGGUAGUUGAAUUGAAGCCAAUCGUCAGGGUCAACGCCAUGCGGGAUGGAGGGGACAUCCGGUGGGAUUUCGUAACCUGGCAUGGGACCGACAGCCAUACCAAGGAGUGGGAUCAUAGGCCGUUCAUCGCUACGCUCUUGGGUAUGAAAAGGAACGAUCCAGUCGAGGCGAAAUGCAUAGCCAAUUUCUUCUUGCCAAGUAAGAGAUAUGAUCGCCACACGGCCUUUCUGAGACGCUGCAACCACGAUUCCAAGCUCGGGGACAUAUUUGACCAUGUUGAAGCGAUCACAGGCGGAGCUCAUAUCGACAGUGAAAGAGAAGCGCUGGAAUAGAGGAUUUCGACUAAGGAGGUGGUAGUCCGAGUCGAUUGGGUAGGGUGCCAUGCUGAUAUGGUGCUCAGAAAAGUGAAUUGUGGGGAAGAAUUGCGGAGGAUGGAC